AUGGAUCCAAAGAGAAAGGUUAAUGGUGAUAGUACUGCGGAUCAAGAUGAUGCGGAUCGCGCUGCGAAGAGAAGAAAGCUUCCCCUUAAUGGUGACCUAAGCCAAGGUCAGACGCCAGAAACAACAACUUAUUAUGGAUUGAUACUUUUGAAUCAACUGAGGACGGGUCUGGAUAAACAGGGACGACCUUUCGCGACCAAUUUCCUCACCCUCCCCGAUAGAAAAGAAUUCGCCGCCUACUAUGCCGUUACGAAGAUGCCAAUCGCCUUUGACACUAUUCAAGAGAAAUUGGAUAAUUUUGCCUUUGCUACUUUAUCUGAACUUGAGAGUUUCUUCAAGCGUUUGGUAAAAAACGCAAAGGAUUACAAUGAACGAGAAUCUAUAAUCCAUCGCGAUGCCGAACGGAUACGAAAGGCAGUGGUCAAAUUUAUGACGGAUAAUAAUCCAGAAUAUAAGACAAAUCCGGGAAUGAAGUUAGAGCCUACACCUAUUGAAGUUCUCGAGCCAAUCGAAUAUAAUCCGGGCUCUAAAGGUGCUGGAUCUAUACCAGCACAUCCUAAGCAUGUUGAGCCCACGCCUGUAUCGAUUGUGCAAGAUGAUAGUGAUAUAGAUGCGGAAGGAGAGCCGGAAGAUUUUGAGGCGGAAGAAAUAAAGAUUGAGCCGCAACCAGUCAUAAAACGAAGAGGUCGACCCCCAAAGAAUCCCUUGGCACCACGCAAGAGUACUACUCCCGCGGUGUCCGACUCACAAUAUGCUGGUAUCAGCUUUGCGGGACUUAGUUUCCAACAAGCGCAAGAGAAGAUUUUAGCAGAUGUUCUCUCGCAUAAAGAAGACCCAUCUGAUGAGUUCUUUGAGUUUGAACCGUUUGUUACAUUACCACCACGUAGUUUAAAGGACUAUUAUCAAGUGAUUCCAAACCCACACUGCUUGAAGGAUUUACAAAAGCGUGUUAAAGGAACUUUUGGGGGGAAGCAUGCCACGGGUGUUAGCGAUUUUAAGUCAUGGGCUGCACUUGAAGAAGAUGCAAGUUUGAUAUGGAAGAAUGCAUAUCACUACAAUGAAGACGGAAGUGAAAUCUUCAAUCUAGCAAGGGAUCUUGAGAUCUUUUUCAAGAAAACUUUGGAAGAAGCCAAGAAAGUUGUGCCCGAGCCCGUGAUUCCAAAGAUAAAAAUUAAUGUUAAAGCUCCCGAACCUACUCCAAAGAUCACUUUGAGAGUCGGAGUUGCUAGAACAGCGGACUCACCGGCUCCAUUAACCAGUGGUUCCAACGGAACUGUGGCUUCCACAGCCUCUUCCAACAGCGAAACCCGUAGAAACCCAUUUGGUGGUUCCCACUCAGUUGCGACUCCUGCUCCAAAACUAGAUCAAUUAGAAAGAGCUAGGAGUAUGUCAAACUCUGCAGCAUCUCCAACCCUUUCUAAAAGUGUACUUGUCAAAGGCGAGGAAGCUUUACGCAAUUCGCCUGCGCCAAUUCAGUCCACUCCAAGACCCAUCAAUCAAAGCGGCUCGACACCAACACCGGCUCCAAGUAAUAUGCUUCCACCAAAUACACCCAAUGCAUCUAAUCAAAAUUCAUAUAAUCAAGGUGGAUAUGCACAAUCAUUUAAUCACCAGCCCGCAAAUCUUGGUUUUGAUUCUAAAUUCCGGGCACCAGGGAAAAAUGCUUCUCAUGCUAUGAUCACAAAUCUAAGUAUCGCAACUCAUCCGCGCCUUAAUGUUUCUCGUCAUUUCCAUAUGGAUUUACCCCCAUCCGCAACAUUGGCGCAACAAUCUAUCACGAUCAACCUCCCUUCAACGCAUUAUUAUCUUCAAAUCAAACCAACAAUCGCUCAAGCUUUACUCGAGCGUCAAUAUAAGAUCUUUGUUACAUCUGGAGUAACUAGAUUGCAUGCUAUACCACUCAUACCAAAUCAUGGAGUCGAUCCUCGACAACCUCUUUUUGAAGCUCGGCUUGUUCCUGGUGUUAACAAGAUUGAAGUUGAAUUGAUUGCGGCCCUCCCUAAGGGCACAGUAAAGUCUGCUGGUGGGCCUGAAGUUGAGAUAGAAAAGGUCACAGUGUUUGCUAAUUUGAUGAGGAAUUGA